AUGCGGCAGAUAGCUGACAGCGGCAAGCACGUGAUGCAGAAGUUUGUCGCCUCAUUUAUUGAUUUUCCGAAACCGCUGGUCGCCCUUAUCAACGGUCCUGCCGUUGGCAUCGCGGUCACCACUCUGCCUUUGUAUGACUGUGUCCUAGCGUCAGAUGCCAGAAAACGUGUUGCUUGUGGUUACGUGACUUCACAAAUGGCUCUAAAACUCAUUGCACUUGUAUACUACUACUACUACUACUACUACUACUACUACUACUACUACUACUACUACUACUACUACUACUGUUGGGUUGGGGUCUUCCUUGUGCAUACGAUAUUUGAAGAUGAAACUAAAAUCAGCGCCACAUUUCACGCUCCGCUCACUGCCCUUGGCAUGACACCAGAAGGAUGUGCAUCGUAUACUUUUCCCAGAACAAUGGGAUCCAUGCGGGCGAAUGACAUGCUACUUUUCGGUCGCAAAUUGACCGCCGUCGAGGCCCUCUCAGCCGGUCUUGUAACCGAUGUCUUCCCUGCGCAUUCCUUUCACGCGGAAUCUGAAGCGAGAAUUGAAAAAAUGGCUGCAUUACCCCUCCAGGUACGGACCCGUUCUUUUUCCACCUUUUGGUUUUCUCUCUGGCGACUAAAAGGUUCACUUCUCAGCCGGGCCAGGCCUUACUAUUCAGCUUCACUGUGCGCUAACCGGCUGGCCUAG